GAAGGUAGGUGUGUCCAAUCAAGCUUCUCAAGCUCUCUCUCACCUCGCUUGUUCCGCCUCGCAAAAUCAGAGUGCUCACAGACAGACCAUCUUCUCUCUGAAAUCCCACUCUCUCUCUCUCUAACAAUCAUGGCGAUGGCGGCGAGGAGACACUGCUCUUCUUCUCUGUGGUUCUCUCCUCUCUCCUCCCUCUUCCUCCCCAGAGGCGACCUCCUAGCUCUCCUCUUCAUUCUCUCUCUCCUCCUCCACCACCUCACUCUCUCCACCGUUUCCGCCGCCGACUCACACUUCGAGGGUUUCGACGCCGACGACGAAACCCUAGACGAUGACUCUCUCCAUCUCAUCGAUCUCCCUCUCCGAUCCCCAACACCUCCGACUAUCACUCAGUCCGACACCACCGAGUCCGAUCAUGGACCCCCUGAUCAAACCCCCCUUUCGGCCGAUUCGGAUAUACCUUCCAAACCCUCAACGAGUUCGUUCGAGUACUGGGACGAAGACGAAUUCGAAGGCCUCCCUGUACAACACCAACCUCCAGAAACCGUGAAUUUAACCGAUUACGAAUCGAAUUCGGAUUCGAAAACUGAAAAAACUGUGAAGAACACUGCUGAUGUUCAACGAUCGUAUAUAGUCGAGAUUGCCUGCGGAUGGUUCUUGAUUAUCUUUGUAAUCAAUUAUUUCUAUGGUAAGAAAGAGAAUGAGAACAUUGCGUUGGCUUGGGCAACGAAAUUCGCGACCAAGGACUCGAUUUUCGACAAGAAUUUUAGUCUUUUGGGGGUCGGUGAUGGGGCUGACUCACCAUUGUUGUUGAAAGAAGGACAGAAUGUGUUCAAAUUUUAUGCGAGCGGGCGGCGAUUUUGUCAGGGGUUGUUGGCGACAAUGGAGCUCAAGAGCCGGCACGAUUUCAUUUCGAGAUUGUUCAAUAUGGUUGUGCCUUGUAAAGAUGAGAUGACUUUUGAGGUUUAUAUGAAUGAUGAAGCAAUGGAUCAGGUGGUUCUUGCACUGGCAAAGAAGAAGGCCUCAAAAACAAUGCACAAGGAAGUGAGGGAUCUUCAGAGUUUCGCGAGUUUAGUUUCACCGCCGAGUAAUAGGAAGUGGGUUGUUGAGGAUUUGGCUGUUAUUUCGGAGUCGAAGGAGGUUGCUGGGGAUUUGAUCACAGAGACCGUGCUUGAGCAGGUCUUUGGCGACAAAGCUUUUGAUAAAUACGGAAAAGGUUUCAUCUCAAUGCAUUUUUCUGAUCAACAUGUGGGCAUGCACAAGAAGAUGCUCGUGUUCAAGUUUGCUCUCCCUGAUGCCAAUCACAUGGCUGACAUGACUCGAUUAAUUGCUCUUGUGCCCUACUACAUUGAUUUAAUCGGUCGCUACAAGCUCAGUUCACAGUCCCGGUCCAAGACAGAAGCAGCCCGAGCAAAGGCUGCUCAAGAGGCAUACAAAGAACUUCAAAAUGCUAGGCAAGACGCGUUGCAGAAAAAGAAGGCUGAACGGAGAAAGUUGCUGGAGGAAGCUGAGGCAAAGCUCAAUGCCGAGGCAAUUCGCAAGAAAGAGGCAAAAGAGCGUGCUCGCCAGGUGAAGAAGGCCGCGCCAAAGGUGAAGAUGACACGUGCUCACUAGAUCUGAAUUAGUUCUGUUUGUUCUGUGCUAUGCAAGUCUUAUCAUCAUUUUUCUCAAUUUUGAGAUGGGUUCCCGCUCCAUUCCUACGCAGAUACAAAUAGAUUCUGUACCAUCACACGCCUGUGUAUGAUGUUAGCAGUAGUUAGGUCAACAUUUACUUACCCAAAAAAAAAGGUCUUCGACAUUUGCCACGACGCUGUGGUUUUUGAACAUUAGUCCUAUUCAGUAAUGUGACUAAACAAUGCAUCAAUUAUCGAUUAUCAAAAGAUUUAUUUUCAAGAAGCAACCGCGUUAUUUCUACUGUUUUUGUGCCAUGCAAACCAAGAGUGUUCGUUUUCUUUUGGAAAAUAAAUCUUAUGAUUAUCAAAAAUUGAUGCAUUUUUUUUUUCAAUUUGGCAGCACACAAUUAUCAUCUGUAUAUUAUGCAUACGAUGCAGAUGGAUAAUAUUUGCAGAAUGUGCUCUUUUGGGAGUGAGUGAAUGAUUGAUUGCUUUGGAAGAAUGAAACUAUAGUAGUAGUAAACAGUCUACACAAGAUUUAAAGA